AUGAGCCAAGCCGUCCGAGCUGUUCCAGAAGCUACUGUUGCAUGGACUGGAGUCUGUUUUGUUCUCGAGAUGGUCUCUAAUACCAUCCGAGAGGCCAAGGCGAACAACGAAGGCAUAGUAUACGUUGUAUCAAGGAUGGAUUGGUACUGGCAUCUCGCGGAGCUACUCUCGGACGACAAUAUAAGUAAAUCCGCGCCAAAUUCGUUGCGACUUCAAAUGGAGAAGCGAAUCAUUGAUCUGUGUCAGAAGCUUCUACUUUAUCAGAUGAAGAGCGCUGAUAACUGGAGCGGCCAAUUGGAUGAUAUUCGAAAUGCCGAGGCGACUGUUCAGAGGAACUCAGGAAUAUUUAAUGCUCUGGAGAUCCAAAGGCGACUUGGCGAGCUUGAUUCUGCGAGUCAAGUUCUCCGAGGCGAAAUGCAGGACAUCUGGCCAACAAUCAAGCAGCAUAUCCUUAGCAAAGAAGAAGAACGAUGCCUGAAGGAUCUCCGAGUCACUGAUCCACGCGAUGAUAAAUCUCGAAUUGAAGAUACAAAUGGUGGCCUUUUGCAAGGGGCUUAUGAUUGGGCUAUAAAGCAUGGCGAUUUUAUAGCAUGGCGAGAUGAGAAGGCAAGCCAUAUGUUGUGGAUCAAAGGAGAUCCUGGAAAAGGGAAGACGAUGCUUAUAUGUGGCAUUAUUGAUGAAUUGCAACGCCAGGGCAUCAGACCAUGCUAUUUCUUUUGCCAGGCUACGGAUCCACGACUUAACAGUGCGACCGCUGUCUUGCGUGGCCUCAUUUACCUGUUGGUGGAUACAAACAGGCAGCUUCUCUCGCAUAUUCAAGAGAAAUACGACCAAGUGGGGGCAGCAUUGUUCCAAGACACCAAUUCCUGGAUCGUGUUAUCCCAAAUAUUCACCGAGCUUCUAAAAGACCCUAGCCUAGAAGGCCAGGUGUUCAUGAUUGAUGCGCUUGAUGAAUGCCAGAAAGAUUUAGAGCGGCUCCUUGAUUUUAUUACUGGGACAUCUAUAAGCUCUUACGCUAAAUGGAUCGUUUUAAGUCGAAAUUGGAUUGGGAUUGAGGAGAAGUUGAGCUCGGUCUCUGAAGCCGUCGAUUUUUACGUCACUCACAAAACAUCCCAAUUGAACGAAGCUAAAGGACUGGACAACAAGACUGAAAUAGAAGUUCGUAAUUAUCUGAUCAAUCAUGCGAGGGGAACAUUUCUAUGGGUUGCCUUGGUUUGCAAAGAAUUGUUGAAAAUGAAGGUGCGGAAGCGACAUGUGCCGUCGAAAAUGGCCGACUUUCCAUCUGAUCUCGGUCCCCUUUAUGACAGAAUGAUGCAGCAAAUUCGUGAAUCAGAAGACUCCAGUUUAUGUGAGAGGAUUCUUAGGCUGGUCUCUAUCGUCUACAGACCCGUCACAUUGGCAGAGUUGGCAUCUCUCUUGGACAUUGAAGACAAGUUCAGCAGAGAAGAUCUGGAGGAAAUAGUUGCCUCUUGUGGAUCCUUUCUAGUUGUAAGAGACGACUCAGUACGAUUUGUUCAUCAAUCAGCCCAAGAAUUUCUGCUCAAAGACAACAUGUUCGUUUCUGGAAUUGGAAGCCAACAUCAUGCCGUAUUUUUGAGGUCGUUGGACGUCUUAUCAGCGACUCUGCGGCGCGACAUGUAUAAUUUGCGCCAUCCUGGUGCUCUUAUUCAAGAUUAUUCACCGAAUCAAGAUGGAGAUGUACUGAGGCACGCGAAAUACUCCUGUGUCUACUGGGCGGAUCAUCUUAAAGCCGUCAAUGACCUGGAAAGAGAGAAAUGUCUCCAAGAUCACGGCAUCGUUCACCAUUUUCUUGAAGAAAAGUUAUUGAAUUGGUUAGAAGCGCUCAGUUUGAUGAAGAAGAUGCCGGACGCCGCAAGGGUUGCUAGGACCUUGAAGAAGUUGACAACAAAUGAUGAACGAAUAAUGCGGGACUUUAUAGAAGAUAUUUUUCGGUUUGUCCUCGCACAUAAAGUUGGAAUCGAGCUAGCACCUCUGCAAGUCUACAGCUCGGCACUCAUUUUUAGUCCCAGUUCCAGCAUAAUUCGGCGGACGUACGAAGAGACUGAGGUGCCAAAGUGGAUUAUUACAAAGCCAAAGAUGCCGGUAGAAUGGACCGCACGUGUUCAAUCCUUCGAAGGAAGUAAAGCCUGGUGCCAGGCUCUAGAAUUUUCGGCAGACGGAGCACAGAUAGCGUCUGCGAAUGAUGAUGGGACAGUUAGAAUUUGGGAUUUGGGGACAGGUGUAUGUUUGCAUAAAUUCAAGUGUUCAAGUAAUGUUCAUAUGCUUACCUUUUCACCCAACGGCAAACAUCUGGCCACUGGAGCAAACGAUGAGCGAAUUCAUAUCUGGAACUUAACUAUAGACAGGCAUCUACCUGCUGUCGAAAUGGCGACUUGGCAGCAGAAGCAGCAAUGA